CCGGGCCCUGUUUCCUCGGUGACAGCUCCAAGCUUGCGUUGUUCUGGCCCUCUGUAGGAAUGGAGACUCCUCCAGGCUUACAGGCCGACUGUGAGGCGCUGCUCAGCCGCUUCCAGGAGACCGACAGCGUGCGCUUUGAAGAUUUCACCGAACUCUGGAGGAACAUGAAGUUCGGGACCAUCUUCUGUGGUAAAAUGAGAAAUUUAGAAAAGAACACGUUUACAAAAGAAGCAUUAGCUUUGGCAUGGCGAUAUUUUUUACCUCCGUAUACCUUCCAGAUAAGAGUUGGUGCUUUGUACCUGCUAUAUGGAUUAUAUAAUACCCAGUUAUGCCAGCCAAAACAAAAGAUUAGAGUUGCCCUGAAAGAUUGGGAUGAAGUUUUAAAAUUUCAGCAAGAUUUGAUAAAUGCCCAACAUUUUGAUGCAGCUUAUAUUUUUAGGAAGUUACGACUAGAUAAAGCAUUUCACUAUACAGCGAUGCCUAAAUUGUUGUCAUACAGAAUGAAGAAAAAAGCUCAACGAGCAGAAGUUACAGAAGAAUUUAAGGAUCCAAAUGAUCGUGUGAUGAAACUUAUCACUUCUGAUGUAUUAGAGGAAAUGCUGAAUGUUCAUGACCAUUAUCAGAAUAUGAAGCAUAUCAUUUCAGCUGAUAAAUCCAAUCCAGAUAAAGCCCUCAGCUUGAUAAAGGAUGAUUUUUUUGACAAUAUCAAAAACAUAGUUUUGGAGCAUCAGCAGUGGCAAGCAGACAGGAAGAAUCCAACCUUAAAAUUAAAAGCUAAAGAUGGAGAAGAAAAGAGGGAAGGAAGUUCACAUGAGUCAGAGAAAUGCGAAAGGGCAGAAACAUUAGCAAAAAUAAAAUCAAAAGCUUUUUCAGUUGUUGUUCAGGCAUCCAAGUCCAGAAGACAUCGGCAAGUUAAACUUGACUCUUCUGACUCUGAUUCUGCAUCUGGCCAAGGGCAAAAAGCAACUAGGAAAAAAAGAAACAAAGAAACAGUGACAUCAGCAAAAAGGAAGAUAUCUUCUCGAGGUGACUUGCAGAAUAUAAAUAAGGAAGAUAAAUCUUUAAGUCUCAGUAUGCCUAUCAUUACAGAAGAGGAAGAGGAUGAAAGUCUUAGUGAAACAGAGUUCACUGCACCCAAGAGGAAAAGGAAACGCAGAACAUAGAGCUUGUUGUGGUUCUUACAUUUUGAGCUCUCUGACAGAACAAAAGAUUUCUAUUUUGCAUACUGAACAAGAAAACCACCAGUAUUAACAGUA